AUCCUCUUCACCAGAUCAGAUUACCAGACUGUCAUAAUGAAUGUGAGGAUCCUCUUCACCAACUCAGAUUACCAGACUGUCAUAAUGAAUGUGAGGAUCCUCUUCACCAACUCAGAUUACCAGACUGUCAUAAUGAAUGUGAGGAUCCUCUCCACCAGAUCAGAUUACCAGACUGUCAUAAUGAAUGUGAGGAUCCUCUUCACCAGAUCAGAUUACCAGACUGUCAUAAUGAAUGUGAGGAUCCUCUUCACCAACUCAGAUUACCAGACUGUCAUAAUGAAUGUGAGGAUCCUCUUCACCAACUCAGAUUACCAGACUGUCAUAAUGAAUGUGAGGAUCCUCUUCACCAGAUCAGAUUACCAGACUGUCAUAUUGAAUGUGAGGAUCCUCUUCACCAACUCAGAUUACCAGACUGUCAUAAUGAAUGUGAGGAUCCUCUUCACCAACUCAGAUUACCAGACUGUCAUAUUGAAUGUGAGGAUGCUCUUCACCAGAUCAGAUUACCAGACUGUCAUAAUGAAUGUGAGGUUGCUCUCCACCAGAUCAGAUUACCAGACUGUCAUAAUGAAUGUGAGGAUCCUCUUCACCAGAUCAGAUUACCAGACUGUCAUAAUGAAUGUGAGGAUCCUCUUCACCAACUCAGAUUACCAGACUGUCAUAUUGAACGUGAGGAUGCUCUUCACCAGAUCAGAUUACCAGACUGUCAUAAUGAAUGUGAGGUUGCUCUCCACCAGAUCAGAUUACCAGACUGUCAUAAUGAAUGUGAGGAUCCUCUUCACCAGAUCAGAUUACCAGACUGUCAUAAUGAAUGUGAGGAUCCUCUUCACCAGAUCAGAUUACCAGACUGUCAUAAUGAAUGUGAGGAUCCUCUCCACCAGAUCAGAUUACCAGACUGUCAUAAUGAAUGUGAGGUUGCUCUCCACCAGACUGCUGUACAUCCUCCAGAACAUCCUGGCUGACCCCAACCCCCUUAAAUUUCCUGAUUUUAAAAACAGGCGCUGACUUGCUUUGUAUUUAUUUUAAGUCUGUAUUCUCUGUAAAACUCAGAUUGUUAUCAAUUUGUGUCCCUGGGUAUUUGAAACACUGGUUGGUCGUUCAGAGACAGUGGUUGAGACAUUGGCAGGUUGUUGCCAUUGAUGAUGAGCUCCUUUUGUCUCUUCCACAUUGAUGUGGAGGGCACUUGACCGGCACCAUUCUUGAAGGUUGUUGGUCUGUUUAUAAAUAGCUGUCCCCAUCUGACGUAGCAUCUUUAAUAAAGAGUCCUACCAGAGCCAUGUCAUCCGCGUGCUUGAAAAGGCUCACAUUGUUUCCUUGGAGGUAAAGACCAACAACGGUGAAAUGACACAGCCCUGGGGUCCCCCUGAGUUCAGGGUCAGUUCAUCAGAGAGAGGACACAGCCCUGGGGCGCCCCUGUGUUCAGGGUCAGUUCAUCAGAGAGAGGACACAGCCCUGGGGCGCCCCUGU